AUGCCGCUAGCAAAGGAGUGGGACAGUUACGAAGAGGACGAGUGGUAUUCCAAAACUACGAAGGACCAUCUGAACAUCCGUCAUGUUCAUCCUCCAGCAUCCAAAACCCCGCCCCGGAGGACUCAGGAUGAUGCGCUUUAUCGUCCCGACUAUGCUCGCCACACAACCGAGUACCUGGCCCCAGAAGUGCACUACACGACCGGUCUCCAUAGGACCCGCUCACAAGGUCACGCGCCCGCCCCCAAUGUGACAAUCUACAACACCAGUCACUUGGACAACGAUAGCCGACCAGUUUUGCGCUCUGAGCAGAAGGGCCCAGAGGUCAGUCGCGGUCGACGCGAACAGAAGAUGCCUGGUGCAUUUGAGGAUUUGGAGGAUGAGAUUGCUGGACUGAGGGCAGAUCUAAAGAAGGAACACCGUUCGCGCUCUAGGCACGAGUACCAUGAACGCCAGCGCUCUCCAGAGCCCAACUAUGCGGACCAGAUCAAGUUGACACUCGCUGAGCAACGUCUCAAAGAUCUCGAAGAUAAGCUUGAGAGAGAGCGGCAGGAGCGAUACCAUCAUCACUCUCCGGACCGUAGCUACGAGGACAAGAUGAAACUGGCGCUCGUGCAACAGCGACUACGAGACUCUGAAAAAGAACUCGAAAGGGAAAGACGUCAUCACUCGCCAGAUCACGGCUACGAAGACAAGGUGAACUUGGCACUGUCGCAACAGCGACUCCGAGAAGCUGAAGAGAAGCUCGAAAGGGAACGACGAGAGGAGGAAAUGGAUAGACGGGCGGAACUGGUGAGACGCAGGGUGGAGCUUGACUUCAUCCAGGAUAGAAGAGAGCGCGAGGCAGAAGAGGAUAGAAUCAAGAGGGCAGAGGAGAGUAUGCGUCGCGACUGGGAGUUGCAGCGAACGAAGGAAGAACGAGAUCGCGAACGACGCGAGGUCGAAGAAGAGAAGAAGCGUGCUUCUAUCAUCGCCGAAAACAGGGCAAAGAUGUCUAGGGAGCAAAGAGAGGCCGAAGAACAACGCGACAGGCUUCUGGCUAAACUAGAAAGGGAGCAGAGAGAUCAGGAGGACGAACGCAAGCGGAUUCUUGCUGAAAGCAAGAUGAAGCAAGCCAAGGAGCAACAGCGGGCCGAAGAGGAACGUGAGAAGCUUCUAGCCAAGAUAGAGAGGGAGCAGAGGGAGCAGGAUGAUGAACGCAAACGAAUACUUGCCGAGGCCAAGUUAAAGCAAGCGAGGGAGCAACGAGAGGCCGAGGAGCAACGUGAGAAGAUCCUGUCUGAAAUGGACAAGAAGAAAAAGCGAGAGCAAGAAGAACGCCAGCGCAUCAUUGACGAGAACACUGCCAAACUUGAGAAGGAAGCGCGUGAGCGUGAGCUCAAGGAGAAGGCCAUGGAACAAGAGCGCAAGCGCAUCAUCGCCGAGAACGAAGCCAAGGUAGCUAAGCAGGCCCAAGAGGCAAAGGAAGCUCAAGAGCGUGCUGUCCAAGAGUAUCAGCGAAAGAAGGCGAAGGAAGAGGCCGAAGCUCAAGCAGAGCAUGAUCGUAUCAUCUUCGAGUACGAGCGUAAGAAGGUCUUGGAUGCCGAGAAGGAAAAGAGGGCACGAGACGAACUCAUGAUGAAGAUCAGACUCGAAGAAGAAGCAAAGAAGCAGAAGGACAAAGAGGAGUACGACGCCUUUGUGCGAAAGCAAAAAGCACAGGAAGAAGAGGACAAGAGGAAGAAAGAGGAACAAGAGAAGGAGCUCGAAGAGACGAUGCGCAAGAGGCUCUCUCAGUUUGGCUUCCAAGACAACCAAAUCCAGGCGCUUGUCCACCCUGAGAGGGAAAGACACCUACAAGCAGGCAUGAUGCCCAACCAUCCCAUGCAUCAAAUUGCACCUCCGCCUCCCCCACCUCCACAGCACCACCAUCACCAUCAGAUUGCCAUUGCACCUCCACCACCGACAUACGCCAAGAUCCACAGGAGUCAUCUCGAUGUUGAGACGCUGCACUACUACGACAUCCCAUAUGAAUACGAUGUGAACCCAGAGUACAUCAUCGUCCUCCGGGAGAUGUCCCAACGCGAGACUGACAUUCUCUUCGAGCACACUCGUCGUCUCCGCACCGGCCAUGGUAGCAAGCUGUUCAUAGAAUCAGAGGGUCGUGAUAGCAGGGGCAAGAAGGAAUACGCUUUUUCGCCGCAGCUCACCUCCCCGACAAUCUUGCUCACACUUCCUUUGGAGCAUGCGUUGAUACCCCUCGUGCUUUUGUUCUUGUUUGAUUCAACAUGGCCGACGCGCUUUGCGGGCCUUCCAACGCCCUUCAGAACUUCCAGAAACAUACUACCGUCGAUCGGACACUGCAACAGGAUCGCCUGGUCGGCAGACAUUCACCAGCCCAGGUAUGGCUUCAGAUCAUCACCGGGAUCAAAUGCAGGCGCACUAGACUCCGAGUUUGAUGCAUUCCAAGCCGGUCGACCAGUGCCGGCGCACGACUUCCAACACUUCGAUCCGCGAUUCGCACCUCAGUUUGCGCAACCUCCACAGGCACCCGACUGGGCUGCUGACUUCCAGCGCUUGAACGUCAGCAGCCCACCUCCACAGACGUUCCAGCAGCAGCGACCGCAACCAGCGAACGCGGCAUCAGCAUGGCAUCAGGACUUCUUGAGGCAGCAGGCCCCGAUCGCGCAGGCGCCUGCCUUGCAGCAGAACACAUAUGGCGGCAUGUCGGGAUAUAACAUGGGUGGAUUCGGUGGACAGACAUACAUGCAGACACCGAAUUUCCAGAACGCCCAGGUAUCCGAGGUUGCACAAGGAAAGCAGCGCGCCCAAGGUGACGUCCCCGCCUUCGACGAGGCGGCCUUUGAACGAGCGUUUGCGCAGGCGCAACAAGACAUGAUGGAGGUCGCAGAAGCAGAGCAAGUACACACACAGCCAGCGCAAGAGGCGCUGGACCUAGACCGGCCGGGUGAGAUGGAUCCUCUUCUUCAACGGAUACGAGAAACGCGGCCAGCUGUCUACUCUGCCAUCCAGGUCUGGAGCGAAACUGGUCUCGGACGAACCGACGAAGCGGUAACAUACCUCCAAAACAUGGAGAACAUGGAACGGACCGGUACUUUGGUGCAAGAUGCAAACGAGGGGAGAUGGAUCGUCGACUCUCUGCAAAGAAUUGUAAAUCGCGACGCCCCUCAGCAAGUCAAGACCCGAGCCGAGAAGCUCAUCACGGCAAUCAACCAACGCCUUAUGUCACAGUACCCACUGGGCUCACGGGUGCUGAUGAGCGAAGAGCAGAUAUGGCAGGACCUGGAAGCAGCAGGCUACAUGAGGACACCAGAGCCGAUAAUGCAACGGAUGGAGCAAAGACCUGAGGAAGAGCAGAAGCAAGAACAGCCCCCAAAGAACGACGAUGACGAGAUGGCGGCAACAGCAGGUCGACUGCUAGAGCGCGUUGCAGACAACACAAGCGACAAGUUUCAAAACUCCCAGUUCCUUGGGCUCAUGCGUCGUCUACGAGACCGUGAAGUAAGAGUGCAAGAAGACAAGAUUGUCGAAGUCGAUGGAGCCAAACAGCAGACUGGAAACACCACGUCCACACCACAGGCCAACAUCCACCAACAACCACCGUCACAACUCCAACAACAACCUCCAUCCACAACGCAAAUCCCCCCAAUCGACCCCACAAUCCUGUCUCACGCGGCCACCGACUUCGAACAACCAAUCUAUUCGGGCGAUGAACCACCACAGUAUGCCCACACUCCUCCCCUAGCACCUAUCAGUGAGGAGCCCCUAAUAACUGAUGAGAUUUCAGAACAAUAUAGAUACUACAACGUUGAUGCCGCAUACCACCGCUGA